AAAAGAUGAAUUUGGACAGUGUUCUUGAAGAUGUUCUUCGAAGUAGAGGUCAAGGAAAUCUUAUACUGAAGCCUAGACAAAAAGAAGCACUACAGUCGAUUGUUUUUAAAGGUCAGGAUUGUUUAAUUGCUCUUCCAACUGGCUACGGAAAGUCGUUGAUCUACCAAAUGCUACCAUCACUGUUUGAUAAAAUUAGUGCGAGGAACCUUUCAUCGAAGGACAAGUCAAUUGUCAUUGUUGUUUCUCCUUUGAAUGCCUUAAUUGAUGACCAAAUAAAUAAACUUAAAUCAGCUGGUGUCAAUUGUACAAGUUUGCGUGUUUGUGGUGACGAGGUCGAUGGCGCAUUUGAACAGAAAAUUCUUGAAGACCUUCAAGAUGGAAAGUUUGAAUUAAUUUUUACACACCCCGAGGUAUUAGUAAGCAACAGGCAAUGUAGAGACCUUUUUUUGUCGGCUUACUACCAGAGAAAUGUUAGGGCUGUGGUGGUUGAUGAAGCACAUUGCAUCAUUGAGUGGUAAAUUAUGAUUCUCAUUACUUUUUGUUGUUGUUUUUCUCUGUUUGAUCAUUUUGUUAAUACUUUUAAGGUUAUAAGCUUCCUUUAUGUUAGGGCUAAAAAUGGCCCCUACACCUAUUGUUAAGUUCCUGUUUUCUAGACUCAAAUUUUUGAGUGACGUAGCAGCUAUCGUAAGGUCUCCUCUGAUUGGCUAACAGCUUAUUCCUUUGUUUUAUUAAUUUUUAUAUGUCCCUUAAUAAUUUUUUAACCUGAGAUUAUGUUUGAUAGUUGAUUGUAAUUAAACUAGAAGGUUAGUUUAAAUUUCAUACUAGAGAUUGUCAUUCUAAGACUUAAAUGGAAAGCAAGCAUUGCGUAUAGAGACCUUGACACAUAGAGAGACGUAUUUAACGUAUUUAUAAGAUAGCCUGCCUAGCAGGCGUCCAAAACUGAGAAGAGGAUGGCAUAAGGAGAAAGGGGGAAAAGAGAGCCUUUCUUCCUACUCUCUCACUCUCCUCUUUUUUCGCCUGUCACGGAGACCAGCAUUCUACAGGAUUUCAAGUUGCGAGGGUUCCAAGCAUUGUAAGGGUUUCGCGCGUUGCAAGUGUUUCAAGCGUUGCGAGGGUUUCAGGCGUUUCAAGUGUUGCAGGUGUUUCAAGCGUUACAAGGGUUUCAAGCGUUGCGAGGGUUUCAAGCAUUGCAAGGGUUUCAAACAUUGCAAGGGUUUCAAGUGUUGUAAGGGUUUCAAGCGUUGCAAGGGUUUCCAGUGUUGCAAGGGUUUCAAGUGUUGCGAGGGUUCCAGGUGUUGUAAGGGUUUCAAGCGUUGCGAGGGUCUCAAGCGUUGCAAGGGUUCCAAGUGUUACAAAGGUUUCAAGCGUUGCGAGGGUUUCAAGUGCUGCAAGGGUUUAGAGUGUUGCAAGGGUUUCAAGCAUUGCAAGGGUUCCAAGUGUUGUAAGGGUUUCAAGCGUUGCGAAGGUUUCAAGUGUUGCAAGGGUUUCAAGCGUUCCAAGGGUUCCAAGUGUUGUAAGGGUUUCAAGCAUUGCGAGGGUUUCAAGUGUUGCAAGAGUUUCAAGCAUUGCAAGGGUUCCAAGUGUUGUAAGGGUUUUAAGCGUUGCGAGGGUUUCAAGUGUUGCAAGAGUUUCAAGUGUUGCAAGGGUUUCAAGCUUUGCAAGGGUUUCAAGCAUUGCAAGGGUUUCAAGCAUUGCAAGGGUUUCAGGCAUUGCAAGGGUUUCAAGUGUUGCAAGGGUUGUAAGCGUUGCAAGGGUUUCAGGUGUUGCAAGCGGUUUCAAGCAAUGUAAGGGUUUCAAGUGUUGCGAUGAGCUUGAAAAUCACAUUAACAGAGAAAAAGGAGAGGUAUAGAAAGAAAAAAUGAGGGAUAAUGGCUACUUUGGAGCCGAAAAUACCUUUUUGUCAAUUUGGCGGUAUUGGCAUAAUUUUUCAAAGUUUUUAACUAACAAAUGACAUUUACUGCAUUAAUAUUGUUAGUAUUUUUUAUCUCAAUUUCCAAUUUUUUUUUAUUUACCUACUGCAGUGUUUAUUUAUUUAUUUGGCCAUCUGUAAGCUCAAUUCAAUUCUUUUUUUUGCUUAAAUUCAUUUACUUUUUAAAUUAUUUUGUUACUUAUUUACUGUUAUUUUCUCUUCUUUCUUUUUUUUGAACUUUAACAAUAUGUAUUUAUUCAUUAGUUUAUUUUAAUAUCUUGCAGUGAUGGAUAUCCGCCUUUGUAGGACUUAAAAUUUAUGUAGAUGUAGAUGUAGAUGUAGGUACAUGUAACAUUUUCAAAUUAAAUCUGCCAAGAUAUGCAAAAUGAACCCGACAGCACAGCGUCGAAAAAGUAAUCAAAAUAUGCCAGAGUAAAUUCUAGUCAAAUAUCUGUCGACAUCUAAAGUGGCUAAUUUAAAUCGUAGUCUCUCGACUAAAAUAAGGUGAGAACGCCAUUUUUGUGUGUGACCGACGCACAGGGUUAUUUACGGAGUAUUUUCUGACCCGUUAAGAAUCUGUGAGGAUGCGUAUUCGUUAAACAACUAGUGAUAUGUUUAGGACAGUAGCUUGUUUCCAAACAUAUUUGUUUUACCACUUAUGUUUACUGAAGACUCGAGUCAAUACGCAUCCAAUUUAGGGGGUUUUGACUUGCAUGUAUGUAUACUGUAGACAAGGAUGGUUAGAGUAUAAGAAAAAAUCAUUCAGUUAAAUGAUAUAAAGGUCGACCGUACACGGUUUAUUCAGACAUCCAAGUUAACUGGAAAUACGUGUAUCGCAGAACCUUGCGAACCUAGGCGGGGGUGGGAAGGGGGGGAGGAGGAGACGCCCAUAAAAUGUCAGGGAUGGAGGGGGGAGAGAAUUGGAGUAAAUUGUGUAGCUUUGGAGGGCGAGUUUCAGUACUGGCUCUAAUAUUGGAAGGCGAGAUGUAGUUAAUCCUGUUUGACCCUCCUACAUGUGUAAUUAUGGUCAAAAGGAAAUGGGUGUGAUGGUGGACAACUGGAGGCAAAUAAAUGCAGCUAACCCAUGCCAUCUUUAAUAAUAAGUGAAAUAAUAUUUUUUUUAAAAUUGAAGUUUAUUGAUAAGCACAAUACAAUAUACAAUAUUAAUAAACAAAGAACGACGUUACAAAACUAAAACUAUACAGGAUGUUGCAAUUAUUAAUUACAAAAAGAAAAUGAAAUAGAUCGGUAAAAUUAAAAAAUAACCAAAUAACAGAAAUAACUAAACAAGUCAAGCUUGUUUGCAGCUAAAGGCUCAGGGAUUCACGGACACUUGAAGGCUCUAUAGGUAAUUUGUAUUUUAGAAACGCUUCAAACUGCAUGGUUCGCUUUCUUUGGCUGUGGUGUAGAUAUGAAAAUGAGGGACAAUCAGGCAAAGAUUAAACGCAGGGAAGGAUCGAUUCUCAGGGAGAUAUCCGUAAGUAAUAGACCUAUUCGGCUAACUCAAUGUUGUACCCAAUUCAAACCCCUUAGGAAUAAAACGUUUUGUUUCAGGAAUUUCCAUAUCAUUUAAAUGUGAAUGCCACAUUAUAAUGCAAAUACAACACACAAAGAAUCUUAUCCCCGGGAGAUUUGAAUUGGGUACAACAUUGAGUUAGCCGAAUAGUUCUAUAAUAACUACUUGUGAAGUCGUUAGUAGUGAGCGGAUGAAAUGGUAGGGGAUAAUGCUGCAGUAAAAAUAACAAGUAAAUGCUGGUAAUUGGAGAAGAAAAUAUUUAUUGUUUAAGCGAACUAUAUGACAGUGUUUGCAUUUGUUGUAGUAUAUAAUCACACUUGACAACUACAUUGUACAUGCAUGAGAAACAAAUACCCGUGCAAGAGGGAAAAGUCUACAUACAACUGUUACAAGUCAUGUUGAAGGUGAUCAGUUUCUCAAUUCUCAACAUGCAUGAGGUUGUCGAGACAUGGUUGCCAGAGGCAUAAUUUUUGAAAUUCCCAGACUGACAGUCAAAUGCACACUUUCCUUGACCAAAUGAAUUCACAAUUUGUCCAGAUAUUUAUGGAGUCCAAUUUCCAGUCAAAACUUUCGUGUACUGGACAAAGAUGACGUAAAACAAAAGACUUCUUUGUUUUCUGUUCCGGGGAAAUCGUCAUGGUUUUUGUUCUUUUGCUUUCCGUCAUCUGUGUCCACUAGACAAUUUGAAUAAGUGCCCAAACUCCCAUCACAGCCAUCCUCUCCACCCAUUUAUUACAUGAAUUUGUCGGGAAUGUAAAGUGCAGAAAGGAUUGAUCUUAUAGGAGACCCUAUAUCUGCUUGUCGUUUAAUUUCUUAAAACAAUAUUCUGCCAGUGAAACACAUUUAACUUUGGUGAACAUCCUCUUACUUCUUUGAAAGGAGAGUUAAAUUUUCCCUGACUUAUACCACAGGUGACACAAUGUUCAAAAUAUAAGGAUUUGUAAGGGAGAAAAACAAUUUUUUCUGUAGCCAACGACGUAAAAGGAUUAAAUAAAAAUCGGCUAACCUUGCUUAAAACCGGUGUGUUUCUUCUUUCCUGUGUGAUUUCCGAGCCAAUUUAUGGCCAUUUUUAAAUGGGUGUUAUUGGAACCAGUUUGCUCUAGAUCGAUUGAUUCAUUUCAAACCCUUUAGGUUCCACGCUGUACCUCUGUUCAAGUUGUCUUAUGUUCUUCCUCUUAAUUUUCUUUAUUUUAAAACAAUCUGCCUUAUUAUGCACGAUGUAUCCAAUAAUGUAACACCUCCAAACGUUUCCAGCUUAUUUACCUAUUCUUCAAAAGUACAUCAUCAUAAUACACGAUUUUCUGCGGCUGGCAAUUUCUAUAUUAAGCACUCGAGAACUAACCAUAUGAAGAACUCCUUUUCAAGAAUUGGUGUAAAAAUAUCGAAUAGUAUUCCCGACACUGAUCGUGCUCUACCUAGAUAUAAAUUUAAGAAUACCCUACACAGUAGGCUACUGGAUAUUUUGAUACUUAUGUUGGCGUGCGUACUUUAAUUGACAUAUUUAGUAGAUAUGAAUUUCACUCAUACCUUGUUUCAUUUACCUAUUUUUGAGUAUACAGGUGUAUGUAUUUACUGUUUAGUGGAUUCAAUAUGUCGAUGUUCGUGUAUCUGUGUAACUUUAUUGUUAUGUUUCAACCCUGUUAUUGUAACUUUUUGAUUUUUCCUUCCCGCCUCGAUUAGCUAUAGGCUACUUUGCGGGCAUGGAUUAAUUAUGGUUUGUAUCAGAAGGGUUUUUAAAUAAACUUGAACUUGACCUUCUAGAUCUCUCUAUAAUAGAUUCCCGCUUGACGAGAUUAUUAAGUCUCUUCACUCGGAAUUAUCGUUGUUAACUAAUGCAUCGGUUUGAUAAUCAGUGAACCUGCCACUCAGACAAGUGGCCAAUAAUGCCAACACUCGAGUGGUUUUCUGUCUGUUGUAUUGUAUCAGAACAAUAGCGUGACUUCAAUGAGAGCUCCCGAAGUUACUUUUAGGGUAUCGGCAUGAAUACAUCGAUGGCAACAGAAUCGAAAGGGUCACAGUUUAUAAAGCUGCUUGGAGUUUAUGUUAGCAGUGAUCUGAAUUGGACACAUCACUAACCCAUCAUGUAGACUAUACAUAAUUAAAAAGGGAAAUAAGAGGCAUGAGUCUCUCAGAGUUCUCAAGCAGUUUGAUGAUCCACCAGCUGAAACCCUCGCAAUGCUUGAAACCCUUGCAACACUUGCAACCCUUGCAACUCUCGCAACGCUUGAAACCCUGGCAACGCUUGAAAUCCUCGCAACGCUUGAAACCCUUGCAACGUUUGAAAUCCUCGCAACGCUUGAAACCAGUACUCCCUCCACACGCGCGAAAAUUAUGAACGAGGCGGAACGAACGUGACACCAUAUGAACAAUAUUAUUGGUUUGAAACCCUCGCAACCCUUCACACUCUGUGAGCCAAUCACAGUAGACCUUAGGAUAGCUGCUACAGUACUGAAAUUUUUGGGUUACAUGAUCACUUUUGUCACCUCACACCUGAAAGGAUUUAACAUAAAGUUAGUUUUGUAGUCAGUCAACCUUAGUUGCUGCUUUAUGGAGAUUUCACAACGUUUAUGAAUUCAAUGUUCUCACACCGGGAUCGAGACUCCAAAAUUUGAACUAUACAAUGAAACUCAAAGUUUACCACGUGUAUUUACUUUGCAACGACACAAUGAGCUGUUUCCAUUCUUAUCAUUGCGGUAAUGAUAUUUAUUACCUUAUGCAAUGUACAUGCUAGAUCAACUAAAUGAAAAGGUUUUAUUAUGUCCAAAAGCAGCUAUCUUACUAUUUCAAUUGCUUCUGAUGGGUGCCUUGAUCAGAUCACCAAAAAACUAAUAGUCAUAGACCUGUUAUGUUUGUAGACUUUGUUUUCUCAAUGUGUAAAAUUUUGAUGUUCUCAAGAGGUAUCAUAUGAUAUGUUUUCUCAAAUUUAAUGCCCAUCUUUAAAAUUUGAAAGAAACAGUUCUGUUCUCCAAGUAUGAUCAAAUGACUUAUAUUAAGGCAACAAAGCACACAAGCAAAAGAAGUCUUUCCAUGGUACAAAUGACUGUUUGGGUUCAUUUAAGUAGCAACUCGAUACUUAUCUUCACCAUUUGUUUUCCAGUGCAUAUAUCUGUGGCCAGUUCAAAUUGAAUGUCAUUCAUUUUUAGUGCAACGGUGUGUCCUCCUUUCACACUAGUAUGAAUCUCUAACUUCCCUAAGUAUUCCAUCACCACAUUGUUUAACAGCGACAGUGAAUGUUUGAAACACAGUAUAAUCUGACCGUAAAUUAAUGACCCAGUCCAUCACAGAAAGCUGGUGGGAAAUUAAAGUAAAAAUUAUGUUCAAAACAAUAGGACUGGGAAUUCUAAAAUAAUUUGUUGUCCAAAACUUUAAAAAAUGUCACUCUUAGAGAUGCUAAAUUCCUGGAUGGUGCCAUUUUGCUGACCUUGAGCAGCUUGCAUUAAUAUUUGCAUGAAUGUUAUGUGAUAAAUAUUAUUUUAUUAAUGUUAAGCAGGUUAAACAAUUUAUUUUCAGUUACAUCACAUAAUAAUAACAGAAAAGUGAACCUUGAACCUUUAAGCCCCAAUAAUGACCUCCAAUCAAGCAGAGGCCAAGAGAUUACCAGUGGCUAAGCUUCUUGAUUUUUCAGCAACCUCUGUAUAGUGCUACUAGGAAAAAUGUACACCUAAGAGCAGUUAAGGGAAAUUUCAUCACUGGGGCUUAAAAGGUGAAAAGCUAAUAUAACUACAUGGCCAUAUUGUUACUAAUAACAAAGUUAUUGCAGCCUUUUUCUUCUUAAUUCGACCCUACUAUAACGGCUUAGUUACUUGAAAGUCCCCUUUCAUGUAGUCAUUAUCCGUAAUUCUUGUGGCCAAAUUCUCUUAUUCUAGUGGCAAGUAUAACAGCAUUUCAGAGUAUCACUACGGCAUUUUUACUUUGUGUUUCAUUUUUUAGGGGGCACAACUUCAGAGAAGACUACAGAAAACUAGGAACACUUUCCUUGGUUUUCCCCACGGCUAAGAUUGUUGCCAUGACAGCAACAGCAACAAAGGAAUAUCAAACAAGCAUUAUGAAAAGUCUGAACAUGAAAGAUCCCAAACUUGUAAUUACAAAUCCUGACAGACCUAACAUUUUUUAUGAAGUACAGCAAAGGCCAUCUUAUCUUAAACAAAGUAACAUUGACCAGUUUGAAGAAAUUCUUUCACCCAUAGCAGAUGAACUCAUUAUUGCCAAUAUUAAAAUGCCUGUCACUAUUAUUUACUCAUCUUUAGAAAUGUGUGGAGUUGGGUAUGCCUUUUUGGAGAGAAAGCUUGGGGAUCACCAGUUCUACCCUAUUGGGGCUCCCCAAAUUCCUCAAAACAGGCUUUUUGCUCAAUUUCACUCGCCACAGACAGACAAAAUGAAAGAUAAACUUAUUAGCAGCAUUGUUUCAGAGUCAUGCAAACAGAGAAUAAUAUUUGCUACAGUGGCAUUUGGCAUGGGGGUCGACUCUCCUUGUGUUGAAAGGAUAAUUCAUUUUAGUGUGCCCCAAACUAUGGAGAGUUUUUUUCAAGGAAGUGGGAGAGCUGGAAGAGAUGGGAGGCCUGCCACAUCAACUCUUUACUUCAACAACAAUGAUAUUGGUGCAAAUGUUGAAGGAAUGCAACCUGUUAUGAGAGAUUACUGUAAAAACCCUCAAAAUGUCUGCAGAAGAAAAAUUGGGCAUAGCCACUUUGGCUUUGGCAUUCCAAGUGCUCGAGACAAACACAGCUGCUGUAACAUAUGUCGAACUGACUGUGAGUGCUCUGAAUGUGUUGAGCUACAUCAAGAUGUUUUGGCCCUUGAAAACAUUCACAUCUCUGAUAAUGAAUUUCUUCUUUCUGGAAAUCAGGUGAAAGAUAUAAAAUCAGAGCUUAUAAAAUACAAAGAAGAAAUUGAGGCCAGCGAUAACUAUUUGAAUUUAAGUAUGUGUUCAGGAUUAACAAUGACAGUAAUUGAUGAUGUUUGUUCAACACUUAGAACUCUGUUCUCUUGA